CCUCCAUCCAUUUUUCAUUUUUUAUCUUUUCUUCUCCGUCCGAAUUCUUCAAUUUCUGAAGCGCAGAUUCUUUGUGCGCGCAAUUGGUGAUUCUAGCUUUCUGGGUUUUGGGUUUUGUGAUCUUGGUUGGUUGGGCAUGGCGACCGCAGUUGGGGUGAUUGGGGGCCGCGGAUCUUCUUCGUCUUCUUGGAUGCAGGUGCGGAGGAAGAAGGAGAAGACGACGAUGGGGAGAGGAAAGGUUUUUUGUGUUGCUUCUUCUGUCACGGAUCCCUACAAGACUCUUCGGAUCCAGCCCGGUGCUUCUGAAUCUGAGGUCCGGAAAGCCUUCAGACGACUCGCUCUGCAGUAUCAUCCGGAUGUGUGCAGAGGAAGCAAUUGCGGAGUCGAGUUUUGCCAUAUCAAUGAAGCUUAUGAUAUUGUGAUGAGUAAUUUGAGAGGGGAACCAAGGGGACCGGACGAAGAUCAAGGAAUCGACGAGCCGAUGCGAGGGAUGAACGAUCCAGACUGGGACAUGUGGGAAGAGUGGAUGGGUUGGGAAGGAGCAGGGAUCCGGGAUUAUUCCUCCCACAUUAACCCCUACAUUUGAAAGCUUUUCUACUGAUUAAACACCCUGUCACCAUGGGCAUCCCAAUAGUUGCAGCUUCAGACUCUUAAAGUUUGAGAUUUCGGGUCUCGGCAUCGGCAAAAGAUGAACCCUCGCUCAACGUGUAGCUCAGAUUCGAUGCCUCUGUUCAAGCGACACACCCACUUUCAACCAAAAAUUCACUGUGCAGUUGAUUGGUAAGUUGGUGUUUGUAAAUAUGCUGGGAAGAGGGUUCAAAUUUGAAAUUUGUCUUUGGGAAGAGGAUGUGAUUGGGUUUGAUUCAUCCAUGGGAGGGCUUUUAUAUCUCCUUUUGUAAAUGAAAAUAAAGAAGUCUGUGGUCGUACUUGCACAUAGUAAUGGGAGAUAGUAGUAGUGAACCAAUCAUGGUUUGCCUAAUCAUGAUUUGGGUUUUAAUUUCCAUCUCCACUUCUUUUUCAAUUUAAGAAAUCAUGUAUGCUUCACCAAAUGGAUUGAUAUAAUAAUUGUAUAAGAAAGUUGUGUUAUUUUA